AUUAUACUGAUUAUAAGUAAUGGAAAAUACUACUACUAGUGCUAGAGAUGCUGAAAAGCAGUUUUCUGAAUUAGUUGAAGCAUGGAAGUCAAAUCACGAAUCAAGCGAUUAUGAUCCAGUGCCAUUUUUGACUGACUGCGCAAAACUUUUUGAAGAAGAGACAAUAGAAUUUCAUAAGGGUGAUCCUGAUCCUUUUGAUGAGCGUCAUCCUGAAUAUGCACAACCUGGAUGUGUUUUUGGAAAGUUACUUGUUUCUCUCUCAAAGUCGCAUGAUUUCAUGGAUAAACUUACAUCAUCUUACUUUCGUGUGACAACAAAUCCAAAGAAUCCAUCUCAAAUUACGUUAGCCGCUGCACGAUUUCUCUUAGCCGCUUUACCUGGAUUAGAGCCUCAUACGUUAUUCAAAGAAAAAGAAUGGUUAAUCAAACUCCUUUCUGAAUGGGUAACAGACGCUGAUGAGCCACUAAGGACAUAUGCAACAGGUUUGCUUGUUGGUGCCAUAGAACCCCAGAAAACUUCUAAUGAUGAAUAUAUAAGAAUGAUAUCAAUUUUGCUCAAAAGAUUAUGGAACCAUGUUAGACCUGGUAAAUUUCCAGAGUCAGAAUGUGAUGGAUCUACUUUUAAAGUUGAUUCUUCUAUCGGAGUUAUGACUUCUUCACAAUCUCGCUCACAAAAACGCAAGUUAUCAAACAGCUCAGAUGCCCCAAAACUAAAAAGAAUAUUCAGUGAAAAACCGCAUACGAGCACACAUUCGCCAGCUCCGAAUGGCGAAAUGCAUUUUACGAGCGAUUACUAUGAUAAUGACCUGAGUAACAGUAGCUGGUCUGAGCAAAUGCCUGCGAUGAUAGGAUGCAGUUACAGCCUUGAACCUCCUCUACAUUCAGAAGUCUGCCAAAGAUUUAUUCUUGAUUUUCUAAAAUGUUUGGGAGAGUAUCAGGAUUUGUUAUCAAUUUUCCUUGAACUCAAAGCACUAGAAUUAAUUAAUAUUUACAUAAAAGAAAAGAAAUUUGAUGGACUACUAAUAUUCAAAGCAUUAGAGUUUUUGGCAUCUCUUCUGUGUCACAAUAAAGUAGCCACGGAAUUCAUUGAAUUAAAUGGAAUACAGAAUCUUUUAUCCGUUCAAAGACCAUCAAUGGGUUCAACAGGUGUUUCCCUAUGUAUUUAUUACUUAGCAUACAAAAAAGAUGCAAUGGAAAGAGCUUGUCAGCUGCCUGCUCGUAUUUUGAGUGAUUUAGUGAAAUAUGCUCUUUGGUUGCUGGAAUGCUCUCACGAAACUGGUCGAUCUCAUGCGGCAUUGUUCUUCUCAUUUUCUUUCUCAUUCCGAGUGAUUUUACAGCUUUUUGAUAAGAUGAGUGGAUUACGUUGCCUUAUGAAUAUGAUAAGUAUGUCAAAAAUUAUUAUUAAUGUACUAGAUGAUAACUAUGAUCCUGAUGAAGACGCCAAUAGACUUUUCAUGCGCCAAACAACAAGAACAGUUUGUGCAGCACUUAAAAAAUACUUUGAAGCCCAUUUGCAGAUUAAAGUUUGCUCGGCUCAAAAAUCGAUUCCAAAAUCUAAAGAAAGACACACCAUUGUGGAAUCUGUAUCAAAAUAUAAACCAAUGGUUUCCAGUCGCGAACAAUUCUUUGAAAAUCUUGAAGUUCUCGGUGAAAUCUCAGUUACUGAUGCCAGCUUUCGAUCUAUGAGUAACUGGCUACCUGUUCUCAAUUUUUAUCGAUUAGAUGGAAUUGCAUUGAUGGUGAAAGUGAUUGAUAUUGCAUGUGAUUGGGUGACUUACACAGGCCAAAUAGAAGUUAUACGUUCAGCUUUGGAUGUACUUGCCGUGGUAACUCUCUUGCCAUCACCGCAAUUGACUUUGUGUAAACAUCACACUCUCAAUAAAAAAUUUACCGGUAUUAGUAUAAUGUUGGAUAUAGCAAAAGGGGGAACUCUAUUUGCAGUUGAAGGUGAAACACAAAAGUCAGCUCUUGCUGUAAUUGUGAACUGUGUGAGGGAUUAUGCAACUGAUCAUCGUAAAUCAACACCUGGGCCACAAGAUACACCACGUUCCAAACCUUCACAAUCUAAAACAGAAAAGAGGGAAAUGGUGUGGAAAUAUGUUCAAUAUAAUAAUGGUAUUUCUGUUCUUCUCUCAUUACUAGUCAUAAAUCAACCUGCUUUGCAUGCAGAUGAAGUGAGAUAUUUUGCAUGCAAAGCGCUAUUGGGAUUAUCAAAUUAUAAACCAAUUGCUCAAAUUAUGUCAAAAUUGCCAUUUUUUAUUGGUGGACAGGUACAAUCUGUUGCUAGAGAACCAGUUCUUCACUACAAAAAACGAUUGCAUACAAAAUUUUGCAAAUGUAUGGGAGCCCUUUUAGAAAAAGUUUCUGGUAGGCCAAUGAAUUUGGAGUUGGAUUUAGAUGCAAUUCGUAUAUCACACAUUGUUUCUGAAACGCACAUGCAAUAUGAAAAUAAAGAAGUUCUUCAAAUGAUUCAUAAUCAUCUAGUUUGGUCAAAGCUGCCUAAUGCAGCAGAAAUUCUUGCUAGAGAUGCUUGUUUAUUCGCAGACAAUCAAAAAAGCAUCCUUUCGACGCCAAAAUCCAGACCAAGAGCAGCUUCCUCAGGAAUAUCUGAGCACCGAAAUAAUGGCAGUGGUGAUGCCAGUUCUAGUGUGAACAGGCGAAUUAGUUUCACAAGAGGUUCUCAUGCAUUAGGAGACACACCAACUUCAUCUCAUAUUAUCAACAUUCCAAACCAAAGCACCAGUAGGAGACAUUUGAAAGGUAAAAGUGAUCCUUUGUCUGCUUACAAUGGCUCUAAUGGCCAACAAAGGUUCAAGUUAUCACAAAAUGGGAUUGUUUCAGUAAAGCCAAAGCCUUUGAUCUGCCGAAGUAAGGAACCACCAAGUCCACCAACGCUGAAUUCCAUUAUUGAAGAAAAUUUUAAACAUCAACAUGCUCGAUGUCGAAAUCCUGUUGCCACAGUUCCAGAAUUUUCACUGUUCAGUCAACAUCGUUGUCCAGAUCCACGUUAUAGGGUCGAAGCAUCAACAAACGUCAUGAAAAGAUUGGUUUCUCGUGAGGGAAUCUGCCCUCGCUGGGGAGGAAUUGGGGGUGAAGUGUGUGACAGACAACUUGUUUACAGUCGCUAUAAACCGGGAUAUGUUUUUAAAGGAUCAGAAGACAGAAAAGUACCAUUUUGUAGCGUUGCUUUCAUGCCAGGUGAUGAACAAAUAGUUCUUGGGGAUUAUCAAGGAGAUGUUGUUAUUCAUAAUCUUUAUUCAGCUGAAGAUCAAGUAAUACAAGGUGUUGCAGGAAUGCCAAUUUCAGCUCUGCAGCCCUCUCGUAACGGAGAUUCAAUACUAGUCACUGCAGAAUCAAUUUGGGCCAAUAACUGUAGUCUUCAUUCAUUAGGCACACAACUUGAGCAUAAGUUUACAUUUGAAGACAUAGACCAUGCUGAAUUUUCAAAACUUCACCAAGAUAAGAUCAUUGGAACAAAAGAACACAAGGCCACUGUUUAUGACUUAAAUACUGGAAGUGCUUUAGACACUUUUGAGCGAGAAGAUAUGUGUUGUUAUUACAAGGAAAAUCGUGCGACUUUUUCUCCAGAUGAUAAACUUAUUCUUUCAGAUGGACUUUUAUGGGAUGUUCGUAAACCUCACACGUUGCCAAUUCACAAAUUCGAUCAAUUUAAUACAACAAUUAGUGGCGUAUUCCAUCCAAAUGGUCUACAAGUUGUUAUUAAUAGCGAAGUCUGGGACUUGAGAAACUAUCAUCUUCUUCAUACAAUACCUGCCCUUGAUCAAUGUAACCUUACAUUUAACAGCGGGGGAACCAUAAUUUAUGCAGUCAGAACCAAAGAUACUUAUACCAGUGAAGAACAGAAUAUAAAUAAGUCAUUGAUGUCAGCUUUUCGUACUUUCGAUGCACUCGAAUACAAGCAACUGGCAUUCAAUGCUGUUAGACAUCAGAUCUAUGAUCUUGCCGUCGAUAGCAAGGAUUGCAGUGUUGCUAUCGUGGAAACGUUAGCUCAAGAUGAGGAAUGGCGUGAACCGGCCAUGAGCGUGUGUCGAUUCUAUGAAGUUGGUAUGACAAGAGGAGAUGAGGAUGAUGAAGACGUUGAGAGUCAUUUUGACGAUGAGGACAAUGAUAGUGACGGAGAUGGCAGCAGCAUUUCUGGUAGUUCUAAUGGUGACGAUGGGUCCUCGCAAGGUGAGGAUCAUGAUCUAGACCGGCUUAGCGAUAUGCUUCGUGAUGACAAUGAUAAUUCUAGUGGAGAUGACAUCAGUUUCGAUAUCAUUGAUUCAUCAAGUGAUUGGCAAACAACAGAUGAUGAAGAAUGGGCUGCUUGAAACCAGAGCUGGUUUUAAAUCACAAUCAGUGUAUUCCAACUUUGCUUCAUCUUUUCUCACGAGGGCUCCUUGAAGUUAGUUUCCUGGUAUGGCCAGUGAUAUGGAACAUCAGCCCAAAUGCAUUUUUGCAAAAUCGCGACUCGAAACUAUGAUAUGGGAGUUUCAAAUUAUAUUGUAAACUUUUGAUCAUACAUAUUCAACUUGAAACUUCUUGAAAGUUAGAUUUUGAAAAUAUGUAUACACUUGAAGGGGUUGAUUGCAGUGUUAAAAAAUUAUAAGUGUGAGAAAAUAAAUGGUUAGGAGCUGAAGACACUUAGAGUAUGUUGUAGCUUCCCCAUCCCUGCUUGAAACAAUGCAUUAAAUACUGAGUGCGACAAUGUUGGUUUCCCUUUAUUAAUUAUCCCUGUUGUCAGUCUUGAGUCACACAUUCCUGCAAUCACUGUAUUUCUAAUGCCAAUUAUCAAGAAGUUCCAAAUUUUUAAGUCUGACUCAGUAGUGGGCCUGAUUCUUUUCUUUGUCAGUAUAAUUUUAAUGAAUGGUGAAGGGUUUUUGAAUUUACUUUCUUUCUAUGUAUUUGUCACUGCUGUUUUACCAUUUGAAUAUAAAGUGCUUUAUGAUCAAUCAUGAAUAGUGUGUCUGCUAAAAUUCCUCUGCUGCACUGAAAUUAAAUCUUCUUGUUUUUUUCUUUCUUUUCAAUGUAGAUUAUCAUAGUUCCUUCCUCUGAUACAUGCAAAUGCCAAAUUUGAGUCAAUAUUAAAUUUCUUUGGGAAAAAUGUGUUGCUUUAUUGUUGGUUACAGGUUUUGAGGUGGUGUCACAAACUUGAUUGUAAAUAUUAGUGUUGUAAUUCAUCCAUCUUCGAAGUUAUUUAAAAUAAAGUAUGGCAAGUCAUCACACCA